AUGGAAUUGGCAAAGUUUCAAGUAUCACAGAAGAAUGUAAUUGAAGAUGAACGUUCAUUUGACUCUGAUGAUGACUUCCAGGAUCCACCACCAAAACAGAUAAAUGAAAAUUUGAAAAAGAAACAAAAGGUUAAUUCAUCAACCAAAGCAUCGAAGAAAUUGUUAAGGAAAAAUUCAGUCAAUAUUGUUGAUGAGCAUACCCAAAAGAGGACAUCAGCUCCACGUGCUGCAAAGGCUGCUGAAAUGAAGACACCAUCAAAGCCAGCGAGUCAUAUAGAGGAAGAAGCUGUGUCAAAGCCAGAGAGUCAUGCAGAGACAGAAGCCUUCAUUUCUAAGAAAGUUUUUGAUGCAUUCCGCGAUGAGUUUCACACGGAGGUUGAUCUUGGUACAGAGGAGCAAAUUAGGACACCUCCUAAAAUACAAGAAGUAACCACUGAUGAACAAAGGGAUGAUCCAGUUUGGCCCAAUUCACAAAACACUAUCCCUAAUGAGUUGCUUCCUUGUAUGAAUGCCUACAACAAUAAAAGCAUCAUUGUUCAUCCCUCUGCUAAUCGUGAACUUCAAACUCCCAUUCAAAAGAUAAGGAUUAGGCGACCAUCCAAAUUCAAGGAGUCACCAUACACGAUGAAGUUUGGUUCAGCUGCCGGGAGAUCAGCAGGGAACAUACAUAAAUUUCCUCAGAAACAUCCAUUUGUUUAUCACCCGAUUGAUGGUAUAGUGGAUACGAAGAUUGUCAAGAAGUCCAUGGAUAGGAUUUCUGUGGACCUUCUAAGAGUUCAUGGUAAAAGGAAGGAAAAGGUGGAUUAUUACAAAAAGGGUAAAUUAUCCAUUCCAAUGAUGCAUUUCAGAGUUGAAACUAUUGAAGAUAAAAAUUGGUUCUACACAAUGGGGUUCCCUGAUCAGUCAUGGACAGACUCAGUCGUUCAUGAUGUUUAUUCUGUGGAUGAUCCAAACCUUAUGGCGGGAGGACAGGAGGCCCAUCUUGUUGAAUACAUUGAUGGGUUCCGUAUGCAUGCUGCUGUGCCAUGGCAUACAGUGAAAGACAUUUAUAUUCUAGUCAAUAUAAAGGAAAAACAUCAUUGGGUGCUUGCAUUUUUGUCCUUCUCAAAGAGGUGCAUAUUCUUAUAUAAUUCAUAUGAAUCAUCAGGUCAUUAUCCGAUUGUUCUUGCUGAGAUUGAAAAAUUAGCUGAGAUAAUCCAUUUGUGUCUCCAAGUUUGUGAUUUCUACGAUAAGAAAGAAAUUGAUCUUCAAAAUCAUCCAAGAUAUAAAGACAAAGACUCCUCAGAUAUGUUUGAUGUUUUAUUUGAAGAGAAUUUGCCUCAACAACCGAGUGAAAGAUUGGAUUGUGGUGUCUAUAUGGUUGCAUAUGCAGAGUGUCUUUCUUAUGGUCACAAAAUUCUUUCUACUGAUUUCGAUCCCGACGCACUCCGUAGAACAUAUGCGGCACUUUUGUGGGACUAUGGCAUACAAAAAUAA